AUGCAUUUCGCGAGCCUCCGCUGUCGGCCACAAGCCGUGGGCUGCGGCAGGGCACCGAGGACAGGCUCCGUGGAGGAGUUGGACUUGGAAGCCCUGGAGCCCGUCCCGGACCUGGGGAGCUACGCGCCGCCCUCCGCUGCGACGGCCCAGGAUGUCCAGGCGGAUCCGAAGGCGGCCGUCUACUGUGGACAAGCCUGCCGCAUUCAGCAGCCAUCCUUUGGAGAGGAGCUGCUGAAUCCUGGGGACCUCGUGCCUUACGCCGCCAACGUCGACAGCGCGCCCAAGGUGUCGCUGGAGGAGUCCGAGGUGCCGUACGCGGCCCUGGAGGACGAAGGUGAGGAGGAGGCCAUGACGGAGUCGCAGCAGCUCGUGCAGGACUUGGCAAACGUCAAGCGCAGUGUGGGGUUUCUGCACAAGCUGGUGGUGCUACUUGCUGUCCUCGCCUUGGUCAUGGCCGCGAUGCUCGUCUUCACGGUCUACACCGAGCUUUCUCCGACAGAGCAGGCCACUGCCAGGCGAUACGUGCUGUUGGCCUCCAUCCCUAUCGUGGCACUCCUGUUCACUUGGUUUCACAUUUGGCUGGCCAUUCAGAUGAUGUUUCUGCCGCUGAACUUCGUAGGCCUCUGGCAGUACGGAGCGACAGGGAUGGGCGUUGGGUGGCAGGGCCUCGUCCCGCGGAAGUGCGACAAAAUGGCCAGGAUGUCCUACAAGUGUGCGCGGCCCUACUUAGAGGGUCCGAGGGACUGGCUGGGCCGCGUGGACUCCAAGCGCCUCGUCGAGGAGGUCCGCGGCGAACUGCGGACGGUGAUCGACGAUGCGGUGAGCAGUGCGAUGAAGAAGUAUCUCCCGCGCACCGACAACCGGAUGCCCCAAUCCAUGCGCAGCCGCCUGACAGAUCAGGCACUGGACAGGAUUCAGGAGACUUCUCCGCAACUUUGGACCACCAUUACAGAGCUCCUCUGCAACGAGCAGAUCGGCAUUGAUAAUGACGGCCUGAUCGUGAAGGUUUUCACUGAGAACAAGCCUCUCUUGAACGAGUUCUUUCUCCGCCUGGGUGAUCAGGAGUUCCGCUUCAUCGAGCACUGCGGCGCCAUGAUGGGUUUCCUGUGUGGCCUCCUGCAGCUCAUAGCCUUCAACCAUCUUUCUGACGAGGGCCGCGCCAUCUUCCUCCCAGCCACAGGCUUCCUCCUGGGCAUCGUGACGAACUGGCUGGCCAUCCUCAUGGUCUUCAAGCCCUGCUUCCCGACGCCCAUCCGGAUCUGUGGCUGGCACAUCUGCAACAUCCAGGGUCUCUUCCUGAAGCGACAGCCUGAGGUCUGCGUGCUCUACGCCAAGAUGUUGAAGGAGAACUUCCUCUCCUUCAACAAGAUCAUCGGCUAUCUGCAGACGCUCCCCGAGCUUUGGGAGAAGCUCAAGGCGGCGUACGUGGCACACUCCACGGCCGUGCUCCGGGAGACCCUAGGCUCAGCCACUUGGUUCGCGCAGUGGACCAUCGGCAAAGAGGGGUACAGGGACUUGGAAAGGGACCUCAAGGUCGCCAUGGUCGACGGCCUCUACCGCGCACAUCGUCUUCACAAGGUGUCCGCCCAGUACAUCUCGAAGGUGACGGACAUCGAAGCUCGAAACAGAGAGUGUCUCCAGCGCAUGCCGGCCGACGAGUUCGAAAAUCUGCUCCACCCCGUCUUUCAGGAGGAUGAGUGGAUCCUGAUCCUUCUCGGGGGAAUCCUUGGGGCAAUCGUCGGGAUCGUGCAGGUCUACUGCCUCUCCGACUGA